AUGGCUACAAAUGACGCGGAAAAAUUGUAUCUGAAAGUGGAAAAAGGGCGAAGACCGAGCAUACGUUUAUCUGGAGAAUCACGCAGUGUGCAGGUAACGGUUCCUUGCGACCAGCGGACUAAUUGGCCUGCAGCGCGUGCGCAGAUGACAGGUGGUAUCACAGUUGUCGUACAGAGACUUGAGCAACAGUACAAAAUCACCAUCCAGCAUAUUAUGGAGCGCAAACCGGACAUCUGUGUGUUUGUGAAUGCGCUAGCACAUGAGCGGGAAAUCAAAACAUGCGUUCGUAAUAUCAGCACUCAGCUUAGCCACGUCGGCGUUGCCGGGCCUAAUCUUGAGGUUACAGGUCGUAUAAAUGCGAAGAAAGUAACAUUCGAGUCAACAGCUGGAGCAUUGCACAGCAGCUCAAAGCUGUCUGCUCGAAGUGUUACGCUCAAAGCGCAACACAUAUUCAUCAUGCCAGAGGCAAUAUAUUCUUGUGCAAAAUUACGGGUGGUGUCUCGGCGUAUCCAAGUGGAUGGAUGUAUUCGCUGCUGGAGUCAAGAACGCUCCAGAAUGAUUGUUCUGAUUGAUGCCGCCUUGCUGCACAUCGGUGUCGAUGGAGCUAUUGGAGCGUCGCGAACCAUAUUCGAUAAAUCUGUACUGCGAACAUCUGAAGAUGCUGUGAAUUUGCUCUAUUUUCGUUUAACCGGAUGCCUUGCCAAUUUUGGUCGUAUAGUGUCGCAUAGCAAAAUGAUGCUCCACGUUGGCGGAAGUGUUUUAUCUUUGCAGGACAGUCGAAUUGACAGUGCUUCCAGGGGAUAUGCAGCUCUGAAACAAAUCAAAGGCGUCUCAAGUGGCGCAUCUGACUCACUGCCAACAAGCCGCACACUAAGCUCAGCUAUUCUGUGCGAAAAACCAGAUACAGUUGCGCAGCUCUUGGAAAGUGGCGUCGAUUUAAAUGACUUGAUAAAGGUCCUGAAAAUAUACAACUAUCAGUUUUAG